UCCCCCUUCUCAUGUAUAUAUCAGGAUCCUGACAAUCGAUUGUUACAGUAAUGUUAUUUCAUAAGAUUUAGGUGAACGCGGGCAUGUCCCUAAUCCAACAUUUAUAUCCAAAUUAACUACUUAGUUACAUAAACUUAUAUGUCUUGAAUAAGAUUCCUUUCAGUUUCAGUGAAUCAGUGGUAAGGAGUUCUGGCAGGGAGUGAAGUUGACGUCCGUCAACGCACUAGACAGAGGCCAUGGCAUGUCGUUGAAUUUGCAGCUUCAAAUUGCAUUAUAUAGAGCUUGCAUUGGCACAUACCAGGAUAUUAUAAAAAGAUCAAACUUGCUAUGGGGAGCUAUACCAUUAGCAACCACGUGUUUUUGAUUUUGAUGCAUAUUCUUUAUGCCAUUGCUAAGUCUAAUGUGUUACCACAGGCCACUGUUACAUUGUGUCAUGAUCAUGAGAGGUCUGCUUUGUUGCAAUUUAAGCAAAGCCUUUCUCUGAAUAAGUCUGCCUCUUAUGAUCCCUCUGCUUACCCAAAAACCGAAUCCUGGAAGGCUAGCGGAGAAUUCAGUAGUGAUUGUUGCUCAUGGUAUGGAGUUGAAUGCGAUGAUACUACUGGUUAUGUCGUUGGUCUUCACCUUGGCAGUAGCUUACUCUAUGGCCCUCUUCGUUCUAAUAGCACAAUCUUUAGCCUUGUUCACCUUCAAACUUUAAACUUGGCUGACAAUAACUUCAGGACUUCUCCAAUACCACCUGAAAUUGCCCAACUUUCGAGUUUGAUCAAUCUCAACCUAUCUUUAUCUGGCUUUUCUGGCCAAAUCCCACCUCAACUAUCUGGAAUGUCAAAUUUAACUUCAAUUGACCUCUCCACAAACAAAUUUUGUGGUGGCUUUCCUGUUGCCAUUUUCGACCUACCAGCCCUGCUUGUUCUUAAUGUUAGUGGCAAUAAGAAUCUCACUGGCUUUUUGCCGGAGUUCAACCAAACAAACUCCUUAACUGCAUUGGAACUUGCUUCCACAAAAUUUUCUGGUAACUUGCCAGCUGCAAUCGGAAAUCUGCAGUCACUUGCAAAACUGCAACUCGAAGAAUGCCUUUUCUCAGGAUCAAUUCCGGCUUCCAUAGGUAACUUAACUGAACUAACUUAUUUAUCACUUUCCUCCAACAUGUUCACUAAACAAGGGAAGCUUAUUUGGCUUGAUAGGCUAAUUAAGCUUACUGUGUUGAGCCUUGAAGAUACCAAUCUGUAUGGUGAUAUCCCGCCAUCUCUUGCAAACCUGACCCGACUUACUACUCUUAGCCUCGGAUCUAAUAACUUUUCUGGUGUUAUCCCUUUGUGGCUGAUGAAUAUGACUCAGUUAACUACGUUAUCUUUGCACCAGAAUAAACUAGCAGGUCCAAUCAAAAGCUCAUUUUCUCAACUCAAGAACCUUGAGAGUCUUUAUCUACAUGAUAAUAACCUUAUUGGCACAGUAGAGGCUGGCAUUUUUCUUAGCCUUGAAAAGCUUACAUCUCUCACUCUAUCUUAUAACAAGAUCACAUUACUUGCCCACCAUCCGGUUAACUUCACUCUUCCAAAGCUUAAAAUGUUACAGUUGAGUCAGUGUAACUUAAGCGAGAUCCCAUAUUUUCUGAAAUUUCAGAAUAGUUUGGAGGUGUUACUCUUGAGAGGAAACAAUAUUCACGGUGAAAUUCCACACUGGAUAUGGAAUGCAAGUGAUCAUCUGGAGACGAUUGAUCUUUCUGCUAAUUUUCUAACAGCCAUGAAACAUAAUCCGAUGGCUCUUCAGAGUAAGAGUUUAAUAGUCAUAGACAUAAGCAACAACAUGCUGAAAGGAAAUCUUCCACUUCCUCCACCAAACACAGUGCAGUAUAUUGUGUCCAAUAACAGACUGACAGGAGAUAUUCCACCAAUGAUCUGCGAUGGGAAGUCUAUCAAAAUUCUGGAUUUGUCGAAUAACAGCAUGAGUGGACCACUUCCUCAAUGUCUGUCCAGUUCUUUAGAAGCCCUUAUUCUCCAAGAAAACAAUUUUUCCGGUACAGUUCCACAAAUAUGUCCAAGUGAAUGCAACUUAAGGGUGAUGGACUUGAGCCGAAAUCAACUAUCAGGAGAAGUACCAAAAUCAUUGUUAAAUUGCAAUAUGCUUCAAAUCUUGGAUUUAUCAAAUAACCAGAUGGAACAAACUUUCCCCAACUGGUUAGGGAAUCUUCCACAGUUACAAGUUUUACUUCUGCGAUCCAACAAGUUUCAUGGUGCAGUGGGAAGUCCUAGAAUUCAUACGGAGUUUCCAAUGUUGCGUAUUAUUGAUCUCUCUCAGAACUCUUUCACUGGUAAUUUGCCUCUGGAAUACAUCAAGAUUUGGAAUGCAAUGAAAGUUUUCCGUCCAGAUAUUGAAAUGUAUAUAAACACAGAAGUAAAUUUUGAAAACCGGAGGGUGCAGUGGACUGAGUCUUUUCAGAGCUCUAUCAUACUUACCAACAAAGGUGUGAAGAGAGUAUACAUCAAGAUCUUAAAUACUUUCACUGCUGUUGACCUCUCAAGUAACAAAUUUACAGGGAAGAUUCCAGAACAUUUUGGAAGCUUAGAGGCGCUUCGGUUGCUUGACCUUUCAAACAAUGAGCUUAUGGGACCAAUUCCUCCUUCCCUCGGAAACCUGACACAGCUUGAAUCCUUGGACCUUUCACAUAACAAGCUCUCAGGCUUUAUCCCUCAAGAGUUAGCAGCACAGCUUAACUUUCUCGAAUUCUUCAAUGUGUCUUACAACAACCUUAGUGGCCCCAUACCACAAGGCCUGCAAUUCAAGACAUUCGACAACAAUUCCUACAUUGGAAACUCUGGAUUGUGUGGAUUUCCUUUGUCUAAAAUUUGUGGAUGUGUGCAGUCACUAGCAGCUGAUGAUGAUGAAGAGGAGGAUGAUAAUAACAUUUCUGAUGAUCAAUUUCCAGGUGGAUUUGAUUGGGUAUUCAUUUUAUCAGGACUUGGAAGUGGUCUUGUAACUGGCUUUGUUAUGGGAAAUAUCCUAACAGAUAAACACCCCUGGCUGAUUGCUGGGAUUGCUCAGAAGUUACGCGGGAAACAAAAGAACAUGAAGAGGCGGAAGAGGCAGAUCAUUCCGGAUCAGACAAUGGUGCAGGAAAAUAUGGUGGAGAAGCGAGGGGCGUGUAGGUGGCGCCUCUAUCAUCGGUCCCAUCUCACAUCGCUCCGUUUUAUUUUUCUAAUUUUCUGGAAUUUUUGGAUGAAAAAUAUCAAAAAUUAGAAAUACCUUUUUUAGUUUCGGGUAUAUUAGAAGCAAGUUUCAGAAUCUGAUUUUGUUUCAGAUUAUUUAUGGAAUAUAGUAGCUUGAAAGUUUUAAUCUGAUUUUGUUUCAGUACCUUUUUUA